UUGACAGAAGGUAGCGUUUCGGGAAAAAGUCAGCCUGUUUUUCUUUUGAUAAACAGUUCCUUUUUCGAAAACAUAAAAAUAAUGGUGGGCGCAAUGCCUGUUAAUUUAAUACCAAAAUUUUGUAACGGUACCAUGGACAGUCAUAAUGGUACUGACGACUCGGAGUUUCAAGUGCAUAUUGGUAGUCGCAUCAAGUCGAAUGAUGAUUUUGGUACUGUGAAAUAUAUUGGUGAAGUGCAGGGGUAUAAGGGUAUUUGGUACGGGGUAGAGUGGGACGAUCCUGCUAGGGGAAAGCAUGAUGGUUCUGUGGAGGACGUGCAGUACUUCAAGACGUCUAAACCAGGUGCUGGGUCUUUCAUUCGGACGAACAAGAUCGCUCCAUUCCGGACGUGUGCGGAGGCAAUCAGAAAGUACUACGGCGAUCGAGAGGAUGAGACAGUGGCGGCCCACCGUCGGACAGUCAUAAAUGAGUGGAAGCGAGAGAUGGGCGCUCCGUUCAUUGAAAUGGUCGGAUUUGAGAAAAUACAUCAAAAACAAAAAUUCGACCGCCUGCUCGAAGUCUGUGUGCACGAUCAGAACGUGUGUAAAGCGGGUGACGUGGCUGCUCUAUGCCCCAACGUGCGCAGUAUAGACGUGUCGAGGAACCUGUUCUCCAGCUGGCGGGAGGUGAUCCAGCUGUCCGCGCAGCUGCCGGACUUGCGGGAGCUGGACGUCAGCAAAAACCGCAUGGCCAUCGACAUGCCAGAAGAGACUCUGAUCCAGCAAUCGUUCGCGUUCGCAAACCUGGAGAAACUUAACAUCUCAGUCUGUGACUACGAGUGGUCGGACUUGCUAGCUCUCUCGCACCUCUGGCCGAACGUUCAAGAAGUCAUCGCAGCUUAUAAUAGGAUCAAAAGUAUUACACCAGCAGUAACAACCCUCCGUUCACUCACAAUACUCCGCCUGGAUGGUAACCCAAUAGAUUCGUGGUACGAAGUCAUGAACCUGGGCAGACUAAAGAACCUACGAGUGCUGAGUCUCAACGACUGCCGCAUACAGGAGAUCAGGCUGAGCGACGACCCCGAAAACAAAGUGGACAUAUUUGAGAACUUGGAAACGCUGUUUUUGAAUAGAAACAUGAUUAAAGAUUGGCGAUCAAUAAGUGAACUGGACAAACUAAAAAAGCUGAAGAGACUAUAUUUCCUGAAGAACCCGAUACAAAACACAGAGGACUACGACACCGGCUCACAACUGAUUAUAGCGAAAAUUGGAACACUGCAGGAACUGAACGGAUCAACAAUAACGCGUGAGCUGAGACGCGGCGCCGAAUACGAUUACAUGAAGCGAGCCGGCGCCGAUUGGAAGCGAGCACAACAAGACCCCGCAUUAAAAUUGGCCUUCCAACUGGAGCACUGUCGCUUCGAGCAACUUAUCAACAAAUACGGCAUUCCAGAAGACAGCUUGCUAGUAAAACAGACGAAAACAAGCACACUCACAUCUCAACUGCUAGAAAUUACACUCCGCGACGACACCGGCAAAUCAUUCAAGAAAAAAUUCCCCGCAACGAUGGCAGUGCAGAAACUGGUAACACUGGCGCAAAGACUGUUCUCCAAAUCUGGCAACACUGGAACGAAACUCUAUCUACUCGAUGAUCAAAUGAACGGCGCCGAAAUACAUCUUGAUAAUGUUAUGAAGGAUUUAGCGUAUUUCUCGAUUAAAAAUGGCGACAUUAUUGUUGUAAGAUUCAGAUAAAAAUUUUUUUCUUCUGGCAAGGUACGGAAGGUGUUAGGUUUGGGUUAUAGAUAUGCUUUUGGCACAGAUUCUAAUGUCUACGACAAACUACGUAGCGUAGCUUAUUAAAAUUUUACAAUUUACGCUUAUAAUGAAAGAAAUAUUUAUUGUCUAUGACUAAAAAAAACAACACGCAAGUUUUUAAUUGUGUAAAAUGCCGAAAAUCAUAAAAAUAUUAAUAUUACUUUGUCUGUGCAACAUCCAUUGUAGGCAACGUUUAAAAAAAAUUGCCUACCAAAAUGAGAGUGCGUUACGUUACGUUCGAAUUUGAGUCGUUAGAAAUCUACAAAUUCAAUAGAUAAAAACAAGUAUGAUUUUUGAGUACUAUGAAAUAUUUUUUUAGUUAAUUGAGGCGAAAGCAAAUCUAUAAUUUAGAUCAGUAUUAUUAUAUUUAAUUGGCGCGUUCCUCUUACAUUUGUCACUUACUGAGCUUUGUAAAUAAUGUUACGUCAAAAUUGUACCUGUAUUUAUUGCGGAUAUUGUUUCCAGAAAUAAAAUGUCCAAUAUGUAUUUUUA